GUGGCAGUACGGAAUUGCGUCGCUGUAGGGGCGAUGCUGUUUGUUGAGCUCCCGUGAUGCACUAACUCAUCGCUCCUUAGGCGGUGCUCUCUGUGUUUCACUGACCUGUGGAGGAUUCGGAUUCUCCACCGGUCCACUCACCUUCCUUUCUUUUCUUUCGUUCUUGCAUUCUUUCCUGCACCAAACCCAGAAAGUCUCGGGACCCUCCAGUCCGCAGAGCCUCCCUCUCGUACAUUUCCGGCUUUUCCCGUAGCGCAUCUUCGUGAGCAGAAGCAACAUCAUUCACAAAGAUGACGAGCGACUGAGUUAACGGCCACAGAACCCGGAUACACAGUCAGCGAUGCAGUGGGAUUUGGAAGCCAUGAUUUCGCUCCUCCUGUCCCGCACCCCAAAGCCGGAGCUGGGGUCUCGGCCGCUGCUGGCCCUGCUGGCCGGCCUGUUCGUCCUCUUCUUGUGGUACUGCUAUCGGAUUGGGACGGACGACCAGGAGCCGGACAGCUCCAGCAGCAGGCGAGCCAGGGGUCGGAUAAAAGCGCUGGGUGUGUCCGGAGCCAUGGGCGGUGAGGUUGGACUGGGAAUUAUCGGCAUCACCCCAUCGGAGCACGGCUACUUCUCUCCGAUAAGUGCCGGCCAUCCUUUCCAAGACCUGGACCAGGUGUCGCCAGGCCGACGCAAGCUGUACAGGAGUCUGCAGGACUACGCCAAGCGCUACUCGUGGUCUGGCAUGGGACGAGUCCACAAGGGGGUGCGAGAGCAGGCUCGCUACCUCUCUGACCGCCUGUCCAUCCAGAAGCCCAAGCUCUUCUACCUGCCUGAUGUGCCAAGCAUGCCAUACUUCACACGGGAUGCCCAGCGGCAUGAUAUUGAGGUGCUGGAGGCCAGCUUUCCUGCCAUCUUGGCCGAGUUUGAGGUGGUCUACCAGCGUGGACUGGAGGGCAAACUGGGGUGGACCAGUGGAGGUACACAGGCUAAGGGCCACUUCUCCUUCUUCCUCUUCACAAAGGGGGUGUGGGUGCCCCAGAACUGCCGCAGCUGUCCCCGCACCUACCGCGUCCUCAGCUCCCUCCGCACCUUCAUCAACGGAAACAUCUUUGGCAAUGCCGGCUUCUCCCUUCUGCAGCCUGGCACCAGCCUGCCAGGGACCUACGGGCCCACCAACACCCGCCUGCGCUGUCAUCUGGGUCUGAAGGUGCCCACAGGGUGUGAGCUGGUGGUGGGCGGCGAGCCACAGUGCUGGUCGGAGGGCUACUGCCUCCUGGUGGACGACUCCUUUCUGCACACGACGGCUCAUAACGGAAGCCCCGAGGACGGCCCCUGCGUGGUCUUCACUGUCGAUCUCUGGCACCCCAACGUGGCUGCUGCUGAGAGACAAGCCUUGGAUUACAUCUUUGCCCCUGGCCGGUGAAGCAGACGUCCAUUUGAGACCACCGACCCACCAACCCCUCCACCAUACCCUGUCCACUGCUGUGCUUCCAGAGCGUAGACCUCCGAGAGACUAGACCCCAACAGCUGGGGGGGGAUGUGACCACCUCCCAACGUUCCUGACCAGACCCUGGCAUCCUGGGUGGUCCCAAGAGACGUCUGCCUCUUACACUCGAGUGCCUGUCGUCGAGGGUCUGCUUUGUAUCCGGCAUGACGGCGGCCUGGAGGACAUGUGAUCAUAACGACGCACUUCGAUAAAACUCACCGAGAAAUGGGGUGUCAAAUCAGACCGUCCCACUCGAGCGUCCAUCAGUCUGUCUCUGUGCCCCCCACUCACCUCUGUGUCGUCCAUCCAUCCCCUCUCUGUAUAACAAUUGCAGUUUUUAUUGGAAAUGAAUAACAGAAAAAGAAAAAAAAUC